UUAAUUGCAGUUGCACAAAAUAUGGCGUCAAAACAAAGAUUCUGCUACUUGUCUACGUGAUGAGGUGUUACUUUAAUCUUUGGACAUUAUUUUCCAUAUCAAAAUAAAAACCCAAACAUAAAAUGGAUAUUCAAAAAUAUACUCUCCCUGAAAUUCGUCAGGAUUUAAUUGAUAAUAAUUUGCAAGCCAAAGCCAUAAUACAAGACAUAUUAUCCUAUCGUGGAUCUAUAAAUGACUUAGAAACACUAAACGAAGUGGGACGAUCGAAGUUGGCUGCAUUGAGAAAAUGCAUUGAAAAACUCGAUGACUGGGCUCGAGAUGUUGGCGAUCCAGAACUCUCCAAGGAAGUCGAUACGCACCGUGAUCAAUUCUCGAAGACGUUGCAGGCCUUCAGAAAGGCCAAUGUUGCUACCAUGUUGGAAAUAGAAAAGGCAAAUCGCGAAGAACUCAUGGCCAUCACCGGAGAAACGGAUUUGCGCAAACGUACGGGCACUAGCAGUCGUCACAACCGCUCCAGUUUGAUAUCGCAAGAGAAUAAUGUCACCGAAAAGAUGUUGUCCAUUUCAAGACAUUUGUCCGAAACCACUCAGAAGAGUGCCAUAACCCUAGACACACUAGUUAUGUCCUCGCAGAAUGUCGAUGCAACCCGUGACGAAUUGCAAAGCACUCACGGCACCAUCCACCAGUCGGGCAAGUUGCUGCAGAAGUAUGGUCGACGGGAGUGCACCGAUAAGAUCCUUCUCUUCUUCGCAUUUGUCUUCUUUCUCGCCUGUGUUUUCUAUAUCGUUCAAAAGAGGCUUUUCUAGUUAAAAUCAUCGUUAUGAAUUGUAUAAACGAUCUAUUCCUAUUAUAUUGAAUUUAUCUAUUAAAAUACUUGACUACAAAAGAAAAACUGAAGACAAGAACUAGCUUGACCUUUGAUAAUGUUCAGGAACUUCAGUUUUUGUGUUUAAAAACAGACAAACAAGCUGCACAGCAAUUAGAUAAAGCUCUAUAUACAUAUUAAAUAUAAAACAAUUCCUGUUAAAUAAAAGAAAAAACUUUAGUACCAUUACACAUAGUUGUUAGGCAAUUUAAAUUAAAUAAAUUUAAUUAAAUUCUUUGAGGAAAGAGUGUGUAAAUAUACAAACAAUAUUUAUCAACUUUAAAGUAAAAUGUUAAAUAAUAUAUAUAUGAAAUUAUUUCUAGGAUUUACAUGUUUUUUUUUUGUAUUACUUCAAAAUUUGUUUAUAUUUUAUUAUUUAUUGCUUAAAGGAAACUUGCAUCUUGCAUAAAUAUUAUUUACUAAAAGAAAAAAUAAACUUCGUUUCCAUCUGAAGUA